AGUGACGAUCCUUGUAAAAACAGAAGCCGAUUUCACAUUUCUAAGUGUGAUUUCCAUCUUUUUUCCCCCGCAUAAAUUCCACACAAAGGGAGAGUUGUAAGACAACAUUAACGUCAGGGAUCCACCAUGAGGCGCACAGGUUUGGGUGAUGGAGGACCUGGGAACUAUGCAGCGAGUGGCUACAGUGUGUACGAGGAGGAGAAUGAACACUUACAAGAGGGACUGCGAGCCAAAGUCACCGCUUUGAAAAGUCUGUCUAUCGACAUAGGAACGGAAGUGAAGUACCAAAAUAAAAUGUUGGACGACAUGGACAACGACUUUGACUCCACAGGCGGGCUGCUCAGCAACACCAUCGGCCGGGUCAAGCAGCUGUCCAGAGGCAGUCAGACUAAACUCUUGUGCUACAUGCUGCUCUUCUGCUUUUUUGUCUUCUUCGUCCUCUACUGGUUCCUCAAGUUGAGGUGACGGCGGGAUCUCGCUGGACUUUGAACGCCCCAGUCAUACAACCCUGAAUGACUCAAGUUGAUUGAAUAGAAACUAAAACCUGCACUAUACGUGGAUAUUGUGCCAUGUGGAUUUGAUAUCCACUAAUGUUGUAAAUUGUAGUAGAUAUGUGUGAUGAGAUUCAGCGACUUAGAUUACAUGAUAACACGUUGACUAAUGAGAGCCGAGUAAAUGUGUCAUAAUCAUCUCCUCUGAGAUAUCAUUUGGAUUAAUUGCUCUGAUGAAUGUCAUCUGUACAAAACACCAGGAUGUGAUGUUGUGAUUCCUACAUGUUUUCAAUGUAAAUAAGCCUGUAGUGAUCUGUUGAACCAAUAAAUCUUUAUCCACCUUCA